CCGCCCCGCACAGCCGGCGUAGCGCCGGCCGGGCCGGGUCGGGUCGGUGUUGCCGUCGCUGGUGCCGAGCCAGGAUGCGGCUGCGCUCGGGCGUGUUCGCCUCCUCCUGCCUCCUCGUGCAGGCUUUAGGCGUCGCGCUGUUCCUCCGCGGCUUCUUCCCGGUGUCCGUCAGAUCCGUCCCCCGCAGAGAGGCCCGCGCGGACCCUCCCGCCGAGCCGGCCCCUCCCGGCCCAGGAAUGGUUUCUAACUGGACCAAGAUUCCUCCACCGCUUUUCAAAAAAGUUGUCAUUGUGCUGAUAGAUGCUUUGAGAGAUGACUUUGUGUUUGGAUCCAAAGGUAAACAGUUCAUGCCGUAUACUACUCAAGUUGUUGAAAAAGGGACUUCCUAUAGUUUCAUUGCUGAAGCCAAGCCACCCACUGUGACCAUGCCUCGAAUUAAGGCUUUGAUGACAGGUAGCAUACCUGGUUUCAUCGAUGUUGUUGUGAACCUCAAUUCUCCAGCUCUGUUGGAUGACAAUCUGAUAUGGCAAGCAAAAACAGCUGGGAAAAGAAUAAUAUUUUAUGGUGAUGAUACUUGGGUCAAAUUGUUCCCAAAGCACUUUGUGGAAUAUGAUGGAACAACAUCAUUUUUUGUGUCAGACUUUACAGAGGUUGAUGAUAAUGUUACCAGACAUUUGGAUAGAGUGUUAAAGAGAGAAGACUGGGAUCUGCUAAUACUACAUUACCUGGGGUUGGACCAUAUUGGCCAUAUGACUGGGCCAAACAGCCCAUUAGUGGGACCAAAACUUCGUGAAAUGGAUAACAUAUUGAAGAAGAUUCAUAUUUCCCUUCUUUCAAAGGAGGAAGCUUCUCUGCCCAAUUUGUUAGUUGUUUGUGGGGAUCAUGGGAUGUCUGAAACAGGCAGUCAUGGUGGUUCUUCAGAAGGAGAAGUGCACACACCACUGCUGUUUAUCAGCUCUGCUUUUGAGAAGAGAAGUGCUCCUCUAGCCCAACCUGAACAUGUGCAGCAAACAGAUUUAGCUAGCACAUUGGCAAUAGGUCUUGGCCUUCCAAUUUCAAGAAACAGUGUUGGGAACCUUAUAUUGCCAGUUGUUGGAGGCAAGACAAUGAGAGAACAGCUACGUUUUGUGCACUUGAAUGGGUUCCAGCUUAGCAGAUUGCUGCAAGAGAAUACACCUGCAUAUGAAAAAGAUCCUGGAUAUGAACAUUUUAAGAUAGCAGAAAAAUCCCAUGGUAAUUGGAUCAAACUGUAUUUAGAGGGGAACAAUUCAGAAAUACUCUUAAAUCUUGGCAAGAAGAUCCUGAAGCAAUACCUGGAGGCCCUCAAGACUUUGAGUUCCUCAUUAAGCAAACAAGUGGCACAAUAUGACAUGUAUUCAAUGAUGGUGGGGACUGUGAUCAUUAUGGAGGUUCUGCUACUACUUUUGCUCAGUGUUCCAAAAGCCCUGAGUAAGCGAGCAGAAUUUGAAGUGCCCCUCUCCCCUCCACUGUUCUCUCUGCUGUUUUACUUGAUGUGUCUAAUGCUGUGUGCUGUACAUGUCAUUGUAUGCACAUCAGCAGAAAGUUUGUGCUAUUUCUGCAGUAUGUCCUGGUUAACAGCAGUUGGAGUGAUGAUGCUGAUUUCUGCACUCAUGUGUGGUAUUUUAUCUGCUAUAGCAAAGAUCUUUGAGAAUUCCAGACUUCCAGUGAAGAAUCCUACUGUGUCCAGUUCUAGCUGGUCAGAAAUAGAUGUGCUGAUUCUGGCUGGAACUAUUGGCCAUGUUUUGAGUUUGGGGGCAAGCAGUUUUAUAGAAGAGGAACAUCAGACCUGGUAUUUUCUUAUCAAUACACUUUGUUUGGUGCUGUGUCAAGAACUUUGCAGAAAUAAUUUUCUUCUGAAAGAAUGUGACCCUCAACUUGGCACCAGUGUGAAACAAAAUUUUGAUAGUAUUGGGGAAGUCUCCGAGUGCAAGAAUAUAGACAUUCCAGCAUUAAGUAAUUCAAAACUGGGCAAGGCCACCUCUUCAUCUGAAUUCAUAAAAGGAUCAGAUAAGUGGAUAAGCUUAGCAACUCCAUGGAUCAUCCUUGUUUGCUGUCGGCUGCUUCGAUCCUUGAAUCAGACAGGUGUCCAGUGGGCUCAUCGGCCAGACUUUGGACACUGGUUGACAAGCUCUGAACAUAAAUCUGAACUCUCCUUCUUGGCUGCAGUCUCCCUUCUUAUGAUCUUCUUUCUGGUUCAAAGAAGAUGCUCCCUGGUUUCAAAAAUUGCUAUGGCACUCGGGCUCCUGGGAGUCUACAGUUACCGGGCAGCUAUUGGAAAUGUCAUAUUUCCAUGGCAACAUGGUGGCAAAGAUAUUUCAAAGGGGAUUACUGAAGCCCGUUUUGUUUAUGUCUUUGUUCUUGGCAUAGUCUUCACUGGCACUAAAGAUUUACUAAAGUCACAGGUUAUUUCUGCAGACUCCACCACGAAGAGCACAGGAUUAUGGGAAGUAUAUAGCGGAUUGGUGCUACUAGCAGCUCUUCUAUUUAGACCUCACAAUUUACCAGUCUUGGUGUUUUCUCUGCUGAUUCAGACAAUGAUGACAAAAUAUAUUUGGAUACCUUUGAAAUUUGAUGCAGCACAGAUUACUAUCAUGCACUACUGGUUUGGUCAAGCUUUCUUCUAUUUUCAGGGGAAUUCAAAUGGCAUUGCUACUGUGGACAUUUCAGCAGGUUUUGUGGGACUAGACAGCUAUGUGGAGAUACCAGCUAUUUUCCUCACAGCAUUUGCAACAUAUGCAGGACCUUUCCUUUGGGCCAUCCAUCUGCUGUGCUACUUGAGUUCUGAAGUUAGCAGGAAUUCUGCAGCAGUGGGUCACGGCUGUUUCUGCUACGCUCUAAUGCGUUCAAUUCCAGUUGCCAUCUACGUUGUUUUGGUAACAGGUCUGCGCUACCACCUGUUCAUAUGGAGUGUCUUCUCGCCAAAGCUACUGUAUGAGGGAGUGCAUGUGUUCAUCACAGCUGCUGUCUGCCUGUUCUUCACAGCAAUGGAUCAGAACCACUCUUACAUAAAAGUGCAAGACUAAAAAUAAGUGUGGUAUGUGACUCUGGAUUGCGAUGUCCAGCAUGCCACUGGAAUGGAAGAAGGAAAAUACUGGCUUUAAAUUGAUGUGUGGAUUUUGAAGAGUAAAUUGUUAAAAGAGUUGUUUCUUUUAGUCAAGAUUAGUCUUGUGUUAAAACUGAGUUUUCUUUAAAAAUGUUGAAUUGAAAUACACUGUUUUUUCAUGGAUACCUUUUGCUCUGUAGCUGUCAUUAUAGCUCUUUCCAAAAACAGAAUGGUGAUAUUACAUGUUUUGAAUUAAAAAAUAUACAUCUUAAUAUAAAUACAGACCAGUGCCUUGUGGGCACUGAAAAAAUCUUGUGUGCAUACAAUUUUUUUACCUUCUUAGACUAUAGAAUCCUAAAAAAUGUGCAGGAUUUCUAGGUACUUUUCAAAAGAUCCUGAAUCCAUUAGCCUCAGGGGGUUUUUAUGUUUGUUUUCUUUCUAGUGGAUGCAUUGAAAUUAUUAUUAAAUUUUUAUUGUACAAACAUCCCAUGUAAGAGAUUUUGUUUGUUUUGCAUAGGCAGAAAGCAUUUCUGUUUAAAAGCAGUAUUUUUCUUUGUAAGAUGAGUGCAAUCAUUAUUUGUAAUGGAUUUUGAUCUGCACUUCAGACACUGAAUAAGAAAUACUUAUUGUCUAACAAAGUAAUGAAUCUUCUGACGAGUCCAUUCACUGCUCAAAUGUUGUUUUUUCUUAUCAAUGUAUAAAUUAUAAAUCAGGUUGGCGCAGCCAUACUGAACAUUUGAUCACGUUUUCCACACAUGGGUGUGAAGCUGUGAGCAGCGAACAGGAAAACAGUUUAAUGGAUUAAGUUACCAGCAGAAUAAAAGGCAUAAAAGGUGUGCUUGCAGUUUUCAUCACCACCCCCCUAGUGACCUGUCUAUCCUUCUCAUUUGAAUGUGCUGUAAUUAAUUUCUAACAAUAUUGUUUUCCUUGCUUCUUUCAAGAAGAUACAUGUUAAUUACUAUACUGACUAUCAGGAUUCAUGAGGUCUUUUUGCCUCUUAGUUUCGUCCAUGUUUUUGUCCAUGUUAGUGGCUAAUAUGUUUGAGGUAUAUCAGAAGAGAAGCAUACAGAGGCCUUUUAAUUUUUGUUACAAAUAUGGGAAAAGAAAGCUUUCAGGACCAAUACAGCUUACAGCACAGUUGUUAAAAUCACUGAUGCAUUUUUUUGUCUCAUGUUACAGAUAAUGCAGAUUUCAAAAUGUAGGCCUUUAGUUUUUAUACAUUAAUAAUAGGCCAUCUUGAUUACUAAUAAUGAAAUAUUUUUUCAGCUAUAAAAUAAUUAAAUUUUUCAAUACACUAGCAAUGUAUUGCUCUUUACCUGGAGGAGGGAGUACUGGAUCUUAAUGUCACUUACUGUGACCUGCUGGAAGAUUGAAAAUGAAAUACUUCUAAUAAAUAAUUUUUUACUGCUAACUGUGGUUAUUUAAAAGAGUUUGUAUUUGUAAAUGUACAUCUACCAUUUUCACAAUUCUCAAUAUUUUUGGUUACCUGCUGACUAGCAGCCAUGUGGCAUUAUCUACAUAUUCUCUGUUUACUUACGUCAUUAAUUUGUAAGCAGUCCUCCCUAAAAUGCAUACUGAGAAUGUUUAUGACAUAUUUGAGUCAAAGGGAAAGGGUGCUAAUAAAGAGAUCAGAGGGAUAAAGCAGAAGUUUCUUCUGGUGUAGAUUCCUAAAACAAUGUGGGAUGACAUUUACAAGUUUUAUUCAUUCCUCGUGGGUGGUUGUUGUUUUUUUUUUUGUUGUUGUUGUUGUUGUUUUGGCUUGGGGUUUUUUUUGUUUUUGUUUUGUUGCUUUUGGGUUUUUUGCUUCUAGUAAUGCCUCUUUUAUCAAAUAGUGGAAUCCAAACUAUUGUGUGUGUAUUAAAAUUGCAUUUUUUCAGA